AUGGCUUCUAAAGUCUCCUCCGUCUGUGCUACCAACGGGUCUGCCAGAAUAUCAAAAAGAAAGAGAAGCAUCUGCUCUUGCCCCCACUUCAAUCCAUACGGACGCAAGCGUCAAUCCUCAUCAAUCACCACCGUUCCCCUCGACUUCCCCUCCUACCAGCACAUCUCACCACCGUCCAUCCCCUCACUCAAGUCCUUCAACCACGACGCCAACUCUAGCCUCAUCCACCCCAACCCAAACCCAGAGACCCGCAAACGCAAGCGCAACUUACGACACGAUAUUAAUUUCAUCAUCGAGUCUGCUGGCAGGAACGUCACGUACCGUCCCGAAGCAGCACAUUUCUCCUACUCCUUAGCGAGACUCGACGGCAGCGCCGAUAAUACUGGGGUGCGGUAUGCGGGAGGAGAAGAACAGAGUUUAGAUAUUCGGAUCACGAGGAUGCGUUGCAUCAUCAAGGGAUUUGAGAAGGCGUUUUGGCAGACGUGA